AUGAACUCCCAGAAAUCUUCCCCAAGGAAGCCCCUCGCGCCGACACACAACGCACAGCCUAACAAGUCUAAAUCACCUCCGUCUUCAGCCUCAGUCACUACCUCCCUCAAAUCAGAUCACCAUCACCCGGAAACAAUUGGGCCAUGGCAACUAACCAAAACUAUCGGUAAAGGUAGUAGUGCCUGCAGAGUAAAGCUAGCCCGUCACAGAAAAACUCAUCAGCUGGCUGCUAUUAAGAUCGUCGCGAAAGCAAGCCUAGCACCUAAGCCAAACACCUCACAUGAGGAUCCUUGGAGAGCUCUUAGAGCAAUUGAGCGUGAAAUUGCUGUUAUGAAGAUAAUUGAUCACCCUAAUAUCACAAGUCUCUACGAUGUCUGGGAAACAAGUGACUACAUCUACAUGAUCAUGGAAUAUGCCUCUGGUGGCGAACUAUUCUCUCAUUUGGUUGAACGCGCUAAGAAGAACGCUGCUCGUGCUAAACCAGGCCAUCCUCCGCCUUCACGUGCACUUCCUCCAGAUGAAGCUCUCAGACUAUUUCAGCAGCUCAUUUACGCCGUCAGUCACGUACAUAACCUUGCUCUGUGCCAUCGAGACCUCAAGCCUGAAAAUGUCUUGCUGGCGAAAGACGGGCAGACCAUUAAGCUCGCCGAUUUUGGUAUGGCUACCCUGGCCGGUGAAGAUGUCGUCAUUUCAAAGCGUAAACUUAAGAAAGGGCGCAGAAUGUUGAAGACUAGCUGCGGUAGUCCACAUUACGCAAGCCCGGAAGUCGUCCAAGGCAAGCCAUAUGCUGGCCAUAUGGCCGAUGUUUGGUCGUGUGGUGUUAUCCUGUUUGCUCUGUUGACAGGUAGACUACCAUUCCAUGACGAGAACCUGCACAUCCUCCUCAGUAAAGUCAAGCUUGGUAAAUUUGAAAUGCCAUUCGAGCUAGAAGGACCAGUUCACGCCAAUGCACGCCACCUAUUGCUCAGAAUGUUGACCUCUGAUCCAGCCGAAAGGAUAACAAUACCAGAAAUCAUGAAACACCCUUACUUUACUCGUCUACCACCUCCAAUCCCAAUGUCGACUGAUAGUAUUCCAGCUGGGCUACUCCCUCGAAGCACAUCCCAGCUUUCUCGAUUCAGCUACCAAUCUGACCAGAUGUCCGAUUAUAAUGACUCUUUGCAAAGGUUCUCUGAGGAAAUCCUAAACAUCGACGACGAGAUAUUCAGCAGCAUUCGAGUGCUCUGCCAGACUGAAAACGAGGAAACUCUCCGGGAGCGCUUACAGUCAAAGGGCUACACCAUAGAGAAGAGGCUCUAUGUGCUGCUGGAGCGCUUCAGAGAUAGAAGAUCACUCGAAGAGCUGGCUCAGAUGGAGUCAGGAGCUUCCGACGAGAGCAGGGCAUGGGAGCGCAAUCAGAAGACAAUGAAGCAACAGGCACAGACACAACAACACGCCAAACCAGCUGCACUCGGUGAACGGUCGAUAAAUACCCCUACUGAGCCACAAAAAGCACACUCAAAAGCCAGUAGCAACAACGAAAACGAUGCAACAGUUGUCCUCGGCGAGAAACAGCGUCCCAAAGCCCCCACGCCGCGCAAAGCACGCAAGCCAAAUGUUGACGAUGUGCCUAGCGAGAGCAAAGGAGAUGAAGAGAUCGAGCAGCAGCCAUCACAAAGCCACCGUGACAGUCACAGUCAUAAGCAUAGUCAUAGUACUAGCCAGAGUCAUAGUACUAAUCAUAGUCAUAGUAACAAUCAGUCCCAAUCCCACCGUCCUAGCGCCGACACACCAAUCUCGGACGACACAAUGACGCGCGCAGCAUCUGUCCGUACAGCAUUAAAGAGACAGCCACUGGAAAGCAGCACUGACACGCUCGAUACCAAAGUAUUCAAGAAGCCCAAUGCACAUAUUGAAGAUUCACCAGCGUUGAAUUUUGCUAUGGACACGCCUUCGUCGUCCUUCGCAGCAAGCAUCGCCGCGAGUAUUGGACAUGUGGAUGUUGCAGGUGGAGGGCUUAUACCGGUAGCGAACGAGAAUUUCAACCCACCUUCGCUCUCGUCUGACAAAAUAGGCCGGUCUCGAUUCUCAGCCGCGAGCACCGUCUCGCGCCAACGGUCUGUCGAGAGCAAACAGGGGCACACGGACGACUCACCAGUGUUGCCGUCUGAGUCACCCCUACGCUCUAAUGUCCCAAUCACGAACCGCACGCUGCGCAAGAAACCAGCACCUGCGCCGCUCAAAGUGGACUUGUACGAGUAUCAGAAGCCGUUCCAGAUCGUCCUCGAUGACGACAACGCAGUAGAUUCUGACGAUAGUGGUGCGAGCAGAGGCAGUAGCAGUGCAGGUACACCGCCACGUCCCAUCAGCAAGUCUUUGUCGGGAAAUCUCCAGUUCCAGUUAGACAGCGAUACCCCACCACCACCACCACCACCGCCUAAGACUGCAUUGGACGGGGACAGUAAAACGAAGAAAAUACUCAGAGCCGUUCGUUCUUUCGACACAUCCGCGAAAGAGCCUCAUCCUCACCCGCCUCCGCACCGCAAGCCGAGCAUCUUCGGCAUCAAGCUUGGCAGUAGACAGUCAGAGCAGGAAGAGGACGACGAGAAGCCUUUCAAGCUGAAUAUAUUCAGCCCGGCUCUGUUCAGCAAUAACCACAGCAGCAGUACUGCAGCACAUGAAGACAUAGAGGAAGGGCGCGCGGUGUCGCCCACGACGCGAACAUCGUUUGUUCCACCCAAGUCAGCCCCAGCUGUAGACCAGCAGCAGCAGCACAAUGCGGAGGAGGAACAUGAUGUAGAGCCUACCGACGAUUUAGAUCUACGUAGAGACACGCUCCCAUUCGUAGCGAAUCACCAGCCUAAACGUAAGUCUAGUUUGGGUAACAUAUUCAGAAUGUCUCGCACGCGAUCCUCCUCAAUUGUCAAUCCUGCCACACCAAAAGAUGAGCAGGGUACAUUUGACGAUCAUCACCUAAAGGCACCAGAAGGGAAGCGUUGGUUUGGUAGCCUGUUUCAUCCCAAGACAGCAUCACCGCUCAAAUCAACUUUCCAUUCUUCUCAUGAGAAGAAGAAAGAUGAUUCACAUAUGAAACCAGUCGAGCAUAUCUCAGACGAACUCGAGCCCCCAAUCAACCCCUUCAAGAAGACAGUCAGGCGAACUAGAUCUGUCAUUUCGCAACUCACCGUACAUAAUUGA